AUGGGCAUCGACAUCGUCGCUGGCGGGCGGCAAAAGGUGAAGAAGCGUGAGGUCAAGUCGGACAACCCAUACCUGCUGCUCCUAUGCAAGCUGUACAAGUUCCUGGCCCGCCGCACCGACUCGAAGUUCAACAAGGUCAUCUACAAGCGGCUGAACAUGUCUGGUCGGAAUCGCCCUCCGCUCUCCCUCUCCAAGUUGAUCAAGUUCAUGGGUAGCAAGGAGGGCAAAACUGCCGUGGUUGUUGGCACUGUGACGGACGACAAGCGGGUCUACGAGGUGCCGGAGCUCAAGGUUUGCGCCCUCCGCUUCACCGAGACCGCACGCGCCCGCAUUCUGAAGGCUGGCGGGGAAUGCCUUACCUUCGACACCCUGGCUAUGCGCAGCCCGCUUGGGAAGGGCACCGUCCUCCUGCGCGGCCCAGUGAAAGGGCGCGAAGCGGAGCGUCACUUCGGCAAGGCACCUGGAGUGCCCAACUCCAAGACAGCUCCGUAUGUCCGCUCCAAAGGCCGCAAGUUCGAGAAGUCCCGCGGCCGCAGGAAGUCCCGCGGCUUCAAGGUGUAG